AGGGUUCGUCGAGUGCAGCUCUGUGCGUUCCGAAGGCUCAGAGUGCUCGCUGGCACGGUGGCGUCCGCAGCCCAUAUACGUUACAUAUACACACAUUCGCCCGCGCGUACGUCCGUGUGCAUUUGUCCUAUCUGGUGGACGAGGAAAGAGAAAGUGAGUGCGAUCGAGAGUGGUGUUUUUCGGAGUGCAUCUUUGUAAAAUAAACAAGGAAGCAACUGGUGUUCGGUGCAAUAUAUUAUCGAAUUCAAAAGUCAAUAUGAAGUGCUGCAUCGUUUUGUGCGUACUGUUGGCUGUCGGGACUAAAGCUGUCACCGAAAAUGAGAUGCUCAACCAGUGUAGCGAACUCAUGACUCAGCAUGAAUUCGAUCUUACUAAGACGAUGGGCAAGUGGUACGUAGUGGAGGUGAUCGAGCACAAAGCUGACACGCGAACGCCGCCGACAGCCGAUACCAAUAGUGGCGGGCAACUAGCGACUAGAUUUCACGUUGUCGAUGUUUGUCCAGUGGUUAAUCUGCGGCUCCUCGACACACAGGGCCCACCUCGUAUAAGUCUACUCUGGGAAGAACGAUUGGGUAACCUCGAAUACGUCUUUUGGCUUGGCAAGACUCGCGGCAAUGGCAUCUGGAAUUGCGACGUCAUCCAGAACGGUACAUUAGCCGACCGACAUCAAUACACACAGUUCGUGGGCACAGUGCACGUGAUGAAAGCAGUUGGUACGCAUAUGGUGCUGACCUUCUGUCCUCGUAACGUUGAAGCGCAAAAGUUCACGGUACUGGUGUCACGAACACAUCAUCUGCACGUAACCGAAGUGCGUGGAGUUCGCGAUCUCUUGCGGCGACGCAAGCUUCCACUUCUGAGCAUUCGCGAAAGUUGCGCACAGGGCACAGCUACCAUCGCCUUUUCAUCGCCAAUUGUAGCAAUGGUCACGAGUAUCUUGUGGUUACUGCUCUGUCGGAGGGUCUUCAAUUAAGAGAGUUACGAAUCGAUAAAUGUUAGACGUGAUGCGAGACUGGCCAAGUUUCACACGGGAUGGGAGGAUUAAUCACUCAAGCUUGAGUGGAACUUUGCCGUCGAAAAAAACCAAGUUAUGAAAAAAGCGUUAAUCACGAUUUCAAUCUGAAAGUGCGCUCUUUCUUUUUUGUAUUUUUUUUUUCCAUUCGAUGCGCCAGCCGGCGAAGCUACUCGUUGCAAUAAAUGCUCCUGUCGAAUUUCAGCAGAGAUAUCAUUCAACUGGAAUUGGUGCAAGCUAUCUUAUUGCGCUUUUUAAAGAGGGAAUAUCGAGAUCACCAAUGUCGAUAUCAUUGUAAACUCGUUGUUCGAAUAUAUUUAUAUUAGUUAGUUUGACUUUCGAAGUGAUUUUUAUUCCAUUAUUUGGAAAGAUUUACACCGGUAAGACCAACUUUUUCAGCACUUGUUCUUUGCAUUUUGUUAUUAAUCAACAACGAACGUGUAUUCUUUUAUUUCAAAUUUUCAUAAAUGAAAGAUAUUGUCGAGUGUGAAGAAUUUAUUUGAAAGAUGUAAAAGAUGAAAUGUUUUUUUUCACGCGCGGUAAAAGCAUUUUAUUCUUGAAGCACGAUUCCACGCCUUUGCACGCAUUUUCAUUCAAACGAAAGACUAAAGAAAAGGAGGUGAAACUAGAAAUCCUCUACAAUUCCGCAAACGUAAUGUCGCUUUACUAGAAAAAUGAACCUUCGGAAAGAUUGAGAGAAAUUCCUAGGCGAAAAAAGAGAGUCGAUUUACGAAGACUCGGUUUUACAGUUCCACAAAUUUUGAUAUGUUAGACGAGAAAGAUGAAAAAUUUUUACGCUCCACAUUAAAAAAAAAAAAAAAAAGAAAUUGCUGAAACUCCGUAUUUUUGAUGAAUGUUUCUUCGGAACUUUUAUUGCUGAUGUUCCGCUUUUCCGAUCAAUGGACAUUAUUCUUUUUAUUGUCGAAUGCGUUUUUCUGCUCCACGUGUGAGCGUUCGACUACAUUACGGUUGCUAAAUUUUUGAAAGAAUUAAUUCAGAAAAUGUCCCAUCUCUCGUUAAACUUUUUUCAUAAUUUGUAAAAAAACAUCGUUAAACAUAUGAUUUCUGACUAUUUUUACUCUUCUUAAAAUAGUAUCAAUUCGAAAUUAAUCGUCGUUUGAAAGUUUCUCCGUAUUAUUUUAGCAGUUGCAGUGGUGAGGUUUCGAGCACUUGGAAAUACACUUUGAACUCAAGGACUCAUGAUAAAUCACCAUGCCAUCUGCACUUGACAUUUGGUUCAUAUCUAUUGAUUGUACUACCUCUGUGUGCACCUAAGAAAAAGUCAUUUGUAUAAUGAACAACCGUUGCGUGCUAUUUUUCGUGUUUGAUGAUAUUUUUUUGAUAGAUCUUGACAUAAACCAUGGCUGCACAUUUGCAUUAAACACUUUUAAAUUAGUUUUUUUGAUAGAUUUUUCAUAUAAACGUGCACUUCAAUGAAUAUAUAAAUUUCGAUCGUUAAUUGUUUGAACGAAUUUAAAAAGUGAUGUAAUGUGAAGAAAGGUUCCAUCAUUGGUUUGGAACUUUGGCUAUAAUAUUUAAGUGUUCUUAUUUGUAUAAUUGUAUAGUUCUAAUUUAUAAAAGUCCGAUAAAAAUAUGAUUGAAUCAAUUAGUUACGUUAAAACUAAGAGCUAUUAUAGUUAUGAAUAUUUAGUUAUUGCGAUUAAAAAGAUUAUUCAGUGGCGUACAAAUAUAAAAUAAUUUAUUUGUUGAGUAAAUUUAUGCUACGUAUACUCCACUCUAUCAUGUAAUUCUAAAAAUAAGAAAUCAAUUAUAAUAUUUUCUCGUUUGUAUAUAAUGAUGUUAAGUUGCAUCGUUAAGUUUUUGAAUUAUAUGUACAUCUAUUUUUCGUUCAUGUGAGAGUAUUACUAGCGAGAAAUCUACAUACUGUCAUUAGAAUUAAUUUAUAAUCGUAACACUUUACAGUCUAAAGUGAAUUUUAAUGUUAAAAUCAAGUCACCCGUAAAACAAUAAGCUUGAAUGACCGCCGUUUUAUAACUUACGAAGAAUGGUGGACGUGGUAAAGAGUGAAAUUAUGUUACGUUAAAGAAAAAUCUGUAUACUUUGCUUUUGUCUUUGAUAGAUGAACCACUAUAGUUUCGUCAGCUGUUUUCCGGAUUCAGUAGCUACUAUAUUAUAAUUUUUCUCUUCGCCUCGUCGAUCUUGCUUCAGAGCUGCAAGCGGAUAUUUCAUCAAUGAUAUCAUGCGCAGACAUGCGAAACAAUCUAGGUAUAAUUACAUGAUAUAUUGUCGAAUAUGGGAGAAAAUGAGAUAAAUUGUAAGAGAAAGAAUGGGAAUUAGGGAAUGAGAGAGGUUAUUUGAAUCGACGAUUGCACUUAUACGACGAAUACUUGUAAUGAUUGCUACGACGGAAAAGUAUCGCGUAUACCUCGUACUCGUUGCAGUUUGUAUUGAGAAACAUAACGUAUAUUGUUGAAUAACAACCAUUUUUCAGAUGAAUUUUAUUGCAAAAUAAUUACACACAAAUUUUAUUCGAUCAUGACAAUAAACUAAUUUUAUCCUAAAUAAAUAGAAUUUGUUGAUAUGGAAAAGCUAUGUUUAUCGAUUGAAUAUUGUUGUACUUUUAAAACAUUUAUGCGCCAUUCACAUCGUUUAUAUAUAAAGUUUCUUACGAAUUGAAUUUCAAUCCUUUAUACUUAUAAAUUAUAAAUAUCUAUAUGGAUAUAAUUUUUAUGUAAUAUUGUCAAUUCUUCAGUAAAAGAACACACUAUGUUUAACACUAUAAAUAUAAAUUUACACUUGUCGAAGCAACUUUGGCCGAUCCUCUUGAGCGUUAAUCGGAUAAUGUUAUACGUCAGAAUUUUUCACGUCCAUUUAUGUUGAUCAUAGCAUUUGCUGGUCGAGUGAAUGCAUUAUGCACGCGAAAGCUGAAUUAUGGACUUAUUUAUAUACCGAUUAAAUAAUUGUAUUUAACGAGCUAUCUAGUGCAAAUACGUCAAAUUAACGCAGCAUAAAGCUAAGUUUUACAAAUGCUUUAGAGUGUUUAUUUAUUGUACAAAUGCUUCACACGUUAAAGUAACUUAGUACCUUGGUAUAAAAUAUAUCGUAUGCUUAAUAAGUGUAUAAGAAAACAAGACUACAGAACAAUAAAUGAGUGAUUGCGACGUUUGAUACUUUUCUUCGUUUUUUUUUUAAUUUUUAUUUUGCUCUCCUUGCGAAUUCCUAUUUAGAUGAUACCCCCAAAGUAAUAACCUAGUUAUGAAAACUUUUGAUUACGUUUGCAAAUCGAGUUUGGAAUUGAUACAAUUACGAAUUUAGUUUACCGCAAAAACUUUAAAUAAAUCAGUAUUUAAAAAUUGGAAGCUAACGGACUUAAUAUCUUUAUAAAUUUUUGAUUGAAUUCGAACUUUGAUUAAGAAUAUUUUAAAACUCAAUAUUUGUCUAAUAAAAAAAGGAAUUAUGAACAUUCUGUGCAUGCAAUAAAAAGACCACCGAAUCGAUUUGGUGGAAAGUCGCCAUAGAAGUGACAGUUAACCAAGUUAAUCAGCGGAAUAGAGAACGCAGCAAGCGAGUGUAUCUGCCAGAGCUGCUCCUACACGAAGGAGAGAGAGAGAGAGAGAGACUGCUGACAAUUAAGGUCAAUUCGACAAUUAGCUUGUGCGCUGCCUUAAAAAGCACCUAGGCUCUUCCGUUCAAAAAAAAAUUCCCUAGAUGCAUGGAUGUGCGAGCGCUUGGAGAACGAGAUGAAGGGAUAGAGAUAAGUUUUUUCUUAUUAUAUAUCUAUAUCUUCUUCUCAUUCUGAACGAACUCAUUGUUGAUCCGUUUUUCCUCUUUGUCAUCCAGAGUUAAAGAUGUUGGAAUUACGCUGAAAGAGACUUCUGGAGAAUAUAAUUAGCAGAUUCUCGGAAAGACUUAAUCAUUGUAUGAUUUAAUAUUUCAACGGUUGGUGACUCGACUAGUAUUACUCAAUUAAUAAUAAAGCUUUCCGUCUGUCUCUGUAAUUAACCGA